AUGCUGAUGACAAGAGCGUCAUUGUGUGGUAGAUCAAUGCCAAUUAGAUCUUUCUUUUGGAAGCCGAUUACAGGAUCGUCUUUUGCUAGCGGAAUGUCGGUUGAGACUUGGGAGAUCAUAGUGGCUUGUUUGAGCUUCCCUUUUUUUUUCCUUGCUGGUCAGCCAAGAUUCCUCGGAGUCGGCUAUGAUUGUGUUAAUCCUUAUGACCUUUUGGAGUGGCUCCUUAGCGGUGUCGCGGUCCUCUAUCUGCGGGAUGGCCUGCUUAGCAAUGAAUUCCGUGCAAUGACCUUCCCUCACGAGUUCUUCGAGGUGUGCUUUCCAAGCGAAGCAGUUGUUCGUAGUGUGUCCAUGUGUCCCAUGGAAGGCACAACAUUUGCUAGUAUCCCUCUUGUCUGGAUCUCCUUUCAAGGGUAG